UGCAGCUCGAUUCUCUCGCGAUACGUAUGUUGCAACGGCUGAGGGUGAAUUCCGUUGUCGUUUGCUACGUUUCCCUACCUUCAUAGCCGUGCAAUUGCCCCAUUUGCAGCUUGUGACUAUCAAGUCUCAACCUCGAAUCCCCCGCCGUCUACAUCCCUCCUCGACACACCCUUUGGACGACUCCGACACCACCCUGAAAGCGGCAUCCCCGUCACAUCAUACCCACGAAAGAUAGCACAAAAGUCCCACAAUGGUCAUCCUAGCAGCCUCAAUAUGCACCCGCGGCGGGAAAGCCGUCCUCUCCCGCCAAUUCCGCGAAAUGCAACGGUCCCGUAUCGAAGCUCUCCUGGCCGCAUUUCCUAAGCUCGCCGACGGCAGCACCCAACACACGACGGCCGAGCAAGACAAUGUGCGCUACGUAUACCAGCCUCUCGACGAACUCUACAUGGUCCUCAUAACGAAUCGGCAAUCGAACAUCCUGCAAGACAUCAACUCGUUACAUUUAUUUGCGCAGGUCGUGUCCAGCAUUUGCAAGAGCCUGGACGAGCGGGAGAUUGUGAAGAAUGCCUUCGAACUGCUGUCAGCGUUCGACGAGCUCGUCACAUUGGGAUACAGGGAAAAUCUCACACUAAGCCAGAUCAAGACCUUCCUAGAAAUGGAAUCACACGAGGAGCGGAUCCAGGAGAUCAUAGCACGCAACAAGGAGCUGGAGGCCAGCGAGGAGCGCAAACGCCGCGCCAAGCAGCUCGAGAUGCAACGCAAGGAGAUGUCACGGAGUGGACGAGCAGCUGGCGGUGCUGGCCCGCGCGCUCCCCAGUAUCCCACAUACACCCCCAGCGUGCCCGCCACCGUCACAGACACGUACGAGAGCUACGAGGCGGAGAAGAAGAAGAGCAGCAAACCACUCGUCACCCGCGGCAAGGGCAUGCAGCUAGGCAAGAAGUCGAAGACCAGCUCCAUGUUCGACCAAGUUGCCGGCGACCUACCCCCAGAAUCCGAGCCGCUCGUGCAAUCCCCCAAAGCGGCGCCCGCUGUUGCCCCUGCUUCCGCGCGCCCGUCAACGUCCUACGACCGCGAACCAGUCCACAUCACGACGUCCGAGCACAUCUCCGCCCGCCUCGACCGCGAAGGCCUGCUGAAGUCGUUCGAAGUUCGGGGCGACCUGUCACUGCGCAUUUCGGACGCCGCACUGACGCAAGUCAAGCUCGCGCUGGCGCUCGGCGAGACGCGCAAUGCGCAGCUAAUCACGCACCCUAAAGCCGACAAGGCCGUCUUCAAGAACUCGCGCAACAUCCAGCUCUCAGACACGUCCAAGGGCUUUCCCGUCAACAUGGCCAUUGCCGUUGUCAAGUGGAAGCUUGCGCCCAAGGCAGAGGACGUGUCCGACCCGCCCAUCACGUUCCGCGCGUGGGUCGAGGAGAGCGGUGGAACAUACAACAUCACCGUUGAAUACGAGCACAGCGGCGCCGACGUGCUCAACGACGUCGCCGUCACCAUCCCGUUCGCCACGGACGAGCCCAACGUCAGCUCCUUCGACGCCGUGUACGAGGUCAGCGGGGAUAGCCUGGAGUGGAACAUCGGCACCGUCGACGAGGAGCACUCAUCCGGCAGCUUCGAGUUCGAGGCGAGCGCGGAGAGCGAGGCAGAGUUCUUCCCCAUGCGCAUCAAGUUCUCGAAAUCGAAGCCGUUUGUCGACAUUAGCGUCUCGUCCGUCUCCCUCAUCAGCAUGGGCCAGGACAUCAACUUCUCCACCGACGUCAAGUCCGUCGCCGAUGUCUAUGAGGUCUCGUAAACGUUGUCUAGGGCCUAGUUUUCACAUUUCUUGCAUAGAUGAUGUGGCCCCUGACGAUUUCGCCGGUCUGGGGAGGGGGAACGAGCAGGGGCCGUUACGGGUUAGCGAGUGCAUGUGCUUAUGCUGCCGUGCAGAGGGUACUAGCUAGGACGUACGUUGAUG